UGCGCCUCCGUGCGUCAUGGAGAACCUCGAAGCCAUCAUCUUGGUGAUCCUGGCCACCCACAACCUGGUGCGCCUGCACUUGCACCGCACCGCCGUCGCCUCCCGGGCCCGGCGCACCAUGCGGCGGGUGAUGGCCAACCACUUGGCCCUGCUGCACCAGCUCCUCCCCGACCUCUGCCCGGACAACGAGACCCGGCUGCUGGUGGAAGAGCUCAGCGCCGGGCCCCACCGCUUCUGGUCGCGCCAGAUCAGCCAGGACUGGUGGGAACGGGUGGUGCUGGAGACGUGGGAGCCCCGCCAGUGGCUCCAGGGCUUCCGCAUGACCAAGGCCACCUUCCUGGAGCUCUGCGACAAGCUGCGCCCCGAGCUCCAGCGCCAGACCACCACCAUGAGGGCCCCGCUCAGCGUGGAGAAGCGGGUGGGCAUCGCCCUCUGGAAGCUGGCCACCACCGAGUGCUACCGCUCCGUGGCCGCCCACUUCGGCGUCGGGCGCUCCACCGUCGGGGAGGUCUUCAUCGAGGUCUGCCUGGCCAUUGAGAAGCUGCUCUUCAAGGACGUGGUGGCUCUCCAAGACCCCAAAGAGGUUAUGGAGGGCUUUGCAGAAAUGGGGUUUCCCAACUGUGUGGGGGUCAUAGACAGGACCCACAUCCCCAUCAUCUGCACUGUUCGAAAGGGAACCAAUGUCAGCCAGAAGGGUUUUUUCCCCAUGUCGAUGCAAGGGACAGUGGACCACAGGGGCCGUUUCAUUGACAUUGAGCUCAGCUGGUGCGGAAAAGAUAAGGACGGCUCCUUCUUUCGAAACUUGGCUCUCUGCGAGGCAAUGGACCAGGGGUCAUUCGUCCCUGGGAACCCUACAAUGACCCUUGGUGAUGUGGAGAUUCCACCUCUGAUCUUGGGUGAUGAUUCCUACCCUCUGAAGAAGUGGCUCAUGAGACCUUUCACAGGCGACCUCAAUCCUCAUGAAGAGCGGUUCAAUUCCCGCCUGAACGACUGCAAGAAGGUGACUGAACAUGCCUUUGGGCGGCUGAAGGGGCGGUGGAGGUGCCUGGCCACCCGUUUGGAGGUCGCGGAGGAAAACAUCAUCCCUGUGGUGGUAGGCUCGGUCGUGCUGCACAAUAUCUGUGAGAACCGUGGGCAUGCCUUGCUCGAUGGGCCGUGGGCACAAGAUGGAGUGUGGGACCAACCUCCUGAGGGGCACUUGAAGUUCCCCACAUCUGCCCAGGACACACAGGACGGGAACUUGGUGCGAGAGGCCCUGGCAAACUACUUCAUGGAUGAUUCUUGAUUAUGGUGGGUUUUCACUGAACCAAGAAGGCCUCUUUUUUAAAUGUACACUUUUGGGUUAAUGCUGAUCUACUGUUCAUGCUUGUGGGGAAGGAGGAGGCGGGGGAGGUUGCCAGCCAUGGUGUGAGGUAAAUUUUACCACUCCUCAACUCGUCUUUUCUACCCAAUCUAUCAUCUUUUUAUACUGCCCUUCUGCAAAGAGCUUGGGUGCCCUACACAUGAACACAUGAAGCUGCCUUAUACUGAAUCAGACUUUGGCCCCUAGAAGUCAGUUUUGUCCAUUUAGGCUGGCACUGGCUCUCCAGGGUCUCUGGCAGAGGUCUUUUGUAACACCUACUAAUUUAAGCUUUCAACUGGAGGUACCAGGGAUGGAACCUGGGACCUGCAUGCCAAGUAGAUUCUCUUCCACUUAGCCACACAGCCAUCAUUCUCCCCUGAUAUGUGUGGCUAAGUCGGAUCAGACCAAUGGUCCAUCUGAUCCAGCAUCCCAUCUCAGACAAUGGCCAACCAGUUCCUCUGGGCAGCCAAUAGCAGAGUACAGAAGCCGAGACCUUCCCCUGAGGUUCCCUUCUGGUUCUGGGAUUAGUGCCUCUGAAUGUAGAUGUUCCCCUCAGCCACCACAGCUAGUAGCCAUUGAUAGACUUAUCCUUCAUAAAUCUAUCUAAUUCUCUUUUAAAGCCAUUUAUUGCUGUGGCCAUCACUACAUCUUCUGGCAGCGAAUACCACAUUUUAAUC